AUGUUGAAAGUACUGCAUGCAGGGACACUUGGCACUAUGCAGCCCCAUCCCCCAAAGGACAAGCAGGGAUCUAAGAAGCUACGUGUCUACAGUGCUGGAAGAGAGAGGCUAGUAUCGUCAGAUGCUGUACCUGGUGGCCGAAGAAAGAGAAGUAAAACUCCUCCACCCAGUUGGCGAGAGAGCAAGCAACAACCUCUGACCUUAACAGAAAAGACAAAUCACCUAACAGCAGAUGUGUAUAGCUGCACUCCUGCCAAGGACAGUACAGGAGCUGCUCCCACACCAGCAGAGUCUCUCUCCUGCUCGAUCCGUCCAGGUUUUUCUAGUGACCUGCUGGACUGGACCAGCUGGGAGACUAAUGAGGGUACCGAGCCCCAGCUCACUCUGCAAGGGGAGGUGUUCACUUUCUCAUCCCAGCCACACUCACCCAAACGAGGGCAAGGCCAGGGCGACCAGGAGAAGACGGAGAUGGGAGAUGAUCAGGUUCAGAACAAAAAUGGGAGGCGGUAUGAGGCCCAGCUCGAGGAUGACUUUAUCGGCAGUGAAAGUGAUGAGGAUAAGAGCUACAACACGUUCAACCCUGUUACUCCCAGAUCUUCCAGUCCAACUUUAGAUCUGCAACUUGAAGUCCAUCCUGAAUCUCACAACAUUAAUCAAACAACACCAAAAGAGCUCAGUCCAGCUGCCACCGGUAUGAAGUCUCCAUCCAGUGUGAGAGCUGAACCAGCUCGGCUCGCCCCCACACGCUGCCGCUCACCCAGUGCGACACCCAGCAGACAGGAAGUCAAGUGUGGCCCACGUGAAGCAGAGGUGGUGAACCAGGUUGUGGAUGAGAACAGCAGCGUAUCGCUUUCAAGAAGAUUCCUGCAAGAAGUCAAAUUAAAUGACUCCACACAGCACAAGGUAAUCAUUUUAAAGGCAGAAGACACCAACACACUGAAGCCUGUUGACUCCAGCAAUUACAACUUACACGUGCUUAGCAGUCUACGAAUGCACGGGGAUGAUGAUCACGAGCUUCGAAUGCUGGCAAGUCUAAAAAGGGAGCAGGAAGAAUAUGAAUGUAGAGCCUCAGGCCUCAGUGUAUCCCAGAUCCACCACUGCAAUGUCAGCGUCAGCAUGAGCAGUGACGACGCCUCUACCUGGACCCACAUCUCCACGCCAGCUAAUCAGGGUCACCACUACCAGAAGGAAAUGAACCCCCUCCUGCAAUCAAACCCCAGGGAGUGGAUGGACGUGCUUAGCCCUCCCAUUAUGCCUCCAAGCCAGCGGAGAAGGUCAGGCAACACUUGGAACAAUUUAGAAGAUCUAAUCGGAGGACGGGACGAGUCUGUGGAUGAAGAGGAGAAGGAGGAUGAGUAUUUGAAUCUGCUCUAUGAUCCCUGCCUGAACUGCUAUUUCGAUCCAAAGACGGGGAAGUACUAUGAACUAGCUUGACUCAAAGCUCGAGAGAAUCUAAAUUAAUAAAUCAGAAGUUACUGACAGUGGAUGAAUGGUAUCAUCCCUUUUAUGAAUACACUAUUCAUAGAAAUAUUGUGUGUCUCCAUAAAUAGUCAUGUUGGUGGGUAAGGGAGAGGGACUCAAUAA